AGGGAGCCUGUUGGGGAAGGAAAACACAGCGUCUAAAGGUGGGGGUGGGAGAGACCGGCUCGACAGUAACACGCAGAGCUGUUCCAAAAGAAAACAAAACCAAACCCCACCACCUGGUCCGCCUUGGUCGGUAAUAAAAUGCCAUCGGAUCAACAGAGCUUGUGUAAACUAAUCCCACCUCCCACUCACAAGUCAGCGUUACAUUUAGGAAGGAGAGAGGGUAGGAUACCCAACUUGGAAUGACUUGUAAUCGCUUUACUGAACCGCCUCUGAUAGCGAACCCGUGACCCCACCCUCCCAGCCACACUUGUAGCCAGAACUGGAUUGUUGAUCAGAUAUUUCCCCAGACAGUCCAUUAGAUCAGACUCCCCGAACGUGAAGAAGUGAGAAGCCCCUGGGCAAUCGGCGAGGAGAAUCCCAAUGCUGGCUAGAAAAACACACCCCUCUCUCCAGCCGCCCGGAUUGCCAAACAUCCAGUCUUCCUGUACUUAAGGGGACUUUGGACUCUCCCCGACGCCUCUCAUUUGCAAUCGAUGUCUCAUUCAAGACCAAGGUCAGGUUAUCAAUCUUUAUUAUAGAUGCCCUGGACCAGGGUGUCUGGAGCCUCUACUGCCGCAGAGAAAUGUCCGGAGACAUCGGGGAGGACUCCUGGCAAGCAGGCUGCUGUAAGAGGGAACUCGAUGCCACCGCAACAGUACUGGCGAACCGGCAAGAUGAAAGCGAGCAGUCCAGAAAGCGGCUUAUCGAGCAGAGCCGAGAGUUCAAGAAGAACACUCCAGAGGAUUUGCGCAAGCAGGUAGCGCCGCUGCUGAAGAGCUUCCAGGGGGAGAUUGAUGCACUGAGUAAAAGAAGCAAAGAAGCUGAGGCAGCCUUCUUGAAUGUCUACAAAAGAUUGAUUGACGUUCCAGAUCCCGUGCCAGCUCUGGACCUCGGGCAGCAACUCCAGCUCAAAGUGCAGCGUCUGCACGACAUUGAAACAGAGAACCAGAAGCUGCGGGAAACUCUGGAAGAGUACAACAAGGAAUUCGCUGAAGUGAAAAACCAAGAGGUUACGAUAAAAGCACUUAAAGAAAAAAUCCGAGAAUAUGAACAGACUCUGAAGAACCAAGCGGAGACUAUAGCUCUCGAAAAGGAACAAAAGUUACAAAAUGAUUUUGCAGAAAAGGAGAGAAAGCUGCAGGAGACACAGAUGUCCACCACCUCAAAGCUGGAGGAAGCGGAGCACAAAGUCCAGACUCUGCAGACAGCCCUGGAAAAAACCCGAACAGAAUUAUUUGACCUGAAAACCAAAUACGAUGAAGAAAUUACUGCCAAGGCCGACGAAAUUGAAAUGAUCAUGACGGACCUUGAAAGAGCAAACCAGAGGGCAGAGGUGGCUCAGAGAGAGGCGGAGACCUUGAGGGAACAGCUCUCGUCGGCCAACCACUCUCUCCAGCUGGCCUCGCAGAUCCAGAAGGCGCCGGACGUGGAGCAGGCCAUAGAGGUGCUGACCCGCUCCAGCCUGGAAGUGGAGUUGGCCGCCAAAGAGCGGGAGAUCGCCCAGCUGGUGGAGGACGUGCAGAGACUCCAGGCCAGCCUCACGAAGCUGCGGGAGAACUCGGCCAGCCAGAUCUCCCAGCUCGAGCAGCAGCUGAGUGCCAAGAACAGCACGCUCAAACAACUGGAAGAAAAACUCAAAGGACAGGCUGACUAUGAGGAAGUGAAGAAGGAACUAAGCAUUCUGAAAUCCAUGGAGUUUGCACCGUCCGAGGGAGCUGGGACACAGGACGCAUCCAAGCCCCUGGAGGUGCUGCUGCUGGAGAAGAACCGCUCGCUGCAGUCCGAGAAUGCCGCGCUGCGCAUCUCCAACAGCGACCUGAGCGGGUCAGCCAGGAGAAAAGGGAAAGACCAGCCUGAGAGUCAGCGUCCUGGACCUUUGCCGGCCUCCCCUCCUCCUCAGUUGCCCCGCAACACGGGGGAGCAGGCUUCCAAUACUAAUGGUACACACCAGUUCUCACCAACGGGGUUAACGCAAGACUUUUUCAGCUCAUCCCUGGCAAGCCCCAGCCUGCCCCUGGCUUCUACGGGAAAAUUUGCACUAAACUCUCUCCUCCAGCGACAGCUAAUGCAGUCCUUCUACUCCAAGGCCAUGCAGGAAGCAGGAAGCACAAGCGUGAUUUUUUCAACAGGUCCAUACAGCACAAACUCCAUAUCUUCCCAAAGUCCAUUACAACAAAGCCCAGAUGUAAAUGGCAUGGCCCCGUCUCCCAGCCAGUCAGAAAGUGCUGGGAGCGUCUCCGAGGGCGAGGAGAUAGACACUGCGGAAAUCGCCCGGCAGGUGAAGGAACAGUUGAUCAAGCACAAUAUCGGACAGCGCAUUUUCGGACACUAUGUCUUGGGACUGUCUCAAGGGUCCGUGAGCGAGAUUCUGGCCCGGCCCAAGCCAUGGAAUAAACUGACCGUUCGCGGCAAGGAGCCCUUUCACAAGAUGAAGCAGUUCCUCUCGGACGAGCAGAACAUCCUGGCUCUUCGCAGCAUCCAAGGCAGACAAAGAGAGAAUCCAGGCCAGAGCCUGAACAGACUAUUUCAGGAAGUACCGAAACGAAGAAAUGGGUCUGAAGGUAACAUCACGACCCGGAUCCGAGCCUCCGAGACCGGGUCCGAUGAAGCAAUCAAGUCCAUCCUGGAACAAGCCAAAAGAGAGCUGCAGGUGCAGAAAACUGCAGAGCCGGCCCAGCCUUCUUCCGCAUCCAGCAGCGGGAGCUCGGACGACGCCAUCCGCUCCAUCCUGCAGCAGGCCCGCCGCGAAAUGGAGGCCCAGCAGGCCGCCCUCGACCCCGCCUUAAAGCCAGCGCCACUGUCCCAGGCCGACAUUGCCAUCCUGACCCCCAAGUUGAUACCCUCCUCGCCCAUGUCGUCCGUGUCCAGCUACCCUCCGCUCGCCCUCUCCCUGAAGAAGCCCCCGUCCGCCCCCGACGCCAGCGCCUCCGCUCUGCCCAACCCCCCGGCCCUCAAAAAAGAGUCCCAGGACGCGCCCGGGCUGGACCUCCAGGGAGCGGCCGAGUCUGCACAGGGCGUCCUGAGACACGUGAAGAACGAGCUGGGCCGCAGCGGCGUGUGGAAAGACCACUGGUGGAGCACCGUCCAGCCGGAGAGGAAGAGCGCCGUUCCUCCCGAGGACACCAAGCUGGAAGAAGCCAGCAGCGCGAAGGAGAAGGGCGGUGGCGGCCAGCCGCGGGCGGAGCGCGGCCAGCUCCAGGGACCCUCGUCGUCAGAGUACUGGAAGGAGUGGCCCAGUGCCGAGUCGCCGUACUCCCAGAGCUCGGAGCUGAGCCUGACCGGAGCCAGCCGCAGCGAGACGCCCCAGAACAGCCCCCUGCCCUCCUCCCCGAUCGUGCCCAUGUCCAAGCCCGCCAAGCCCUCGGUCCCUCCGCUGACCCCGGAGCAGUAUGAGGUCUACAUGUACCAGGAGGUGGACACCAUCGAGCUCACCCGGCAGGUGAAAGAGAAGCUGGCCAAGAACGGCAUCUGCCAAAGGAUCUUCGGGGAGAAGGUACUGGGCCUGUCCCAGGGCAGUGUCAGUGACAUGCUGUCCCGGCCGAAGCCUUGGAGCAAGCUGACCCAGAAAGGCCGAGAACCCUUCAUCCGGAUGCAGCUCUGGCUGAACGGCGAGCUGGGCCAGGGUGUCCUGCCUGUCCAAGGGCAACAGCAAGGGCCAGUCCUCCAUUCUGUGACGUCACUACAGGACCCCCAGCAGCAGGGCUGCGUGAGUUCAGAAAGCACUCCAAAGACCUCUGCCAGCUGCAGCCCUGCGCCCGAGUCGCCGAUGAGCUCUAGCGAAUCAGUGAAGAGCUUGACUGAACUGGUCCAACAGCCCUGUCCCCCCAUCGAGACAAAUAAGGACGGCAAGCCUCCGGAGCCCAGCGACCCGCCCGCCUCAGACUCCCAGCCCGCCACGCCACUGCCUCUCUCCGGACACUCGGCCCUCAGCAUUCAAGAGCUGGUGGCCAUGUCUCCCGAGCUGGACACCUACGGCAUAACCAAGAGAGUCAAGGAGGUGCUGACAGACAACAACCUCGGUCAGCGCUUAUUUGGGGAGACCAUCUUGGGGCUCACCCAAGGCUCCGUCUCCGACCUCCUUGCUCGCCCAAAACCCUGGCACAAGCUCAGUCUGAAGGGACGGGAGCCCUUCGUCCGGAUGCAGCUAUGGCUGAAUGACCCCAACAACGUGGAGAAGUUGAUGGACAUGAAACGGAUGGAAAAGAAAGCCUACAUGAAGCGGCGGCACAGCUCGGUCAGCGACAGCCAGCCCUGCGAGCCCCCCUCCGUUGGCAUCGACUACAGCCAGGGCGCCAGCCCGCAGCCCCAGCACCAGCUGAAGAAACCCCGCGUGGUGCUGGCUCCUGAAGAGAAAGAAGCUCUGAAGCGAGCGUAUCAGCAAAAGCCAUACCCGUCACCAAAAACCAUCGAGGAACUCGCCACCCAGCUCAACUUGAAAACCAGCACCGUCAUCAACUGGUUCCACAAUUACAGGUCUCGGAUCCGCAGAGAACUGUUCAUUGAGGAGAUUCAGGCCGGGAGCCAGGGCCAGGCCGGGGCCAGCGACUCCCCGUCGGCCCGAAGCGGCCGAGCCGCGCCCAGCUCGGAGGGCGACAGCUGCGACGGCGUGGAGGCCGCCGAGGGCCCGAGCGCCGCGGACGCCGAGGAGUCGGGCGGCCCCGCGGCCGCCGCCAAGUCUCAGGGAGGGCCGGCCGACGCGGCCGCGGCCGCGGCCCCGGAGGAGCGGGAGGAGCCGCCCAGGCCGGCGGAGAAGGCGCAUCCGCCGCCCUCGGGGGCCCCGGCCCCGGACGACGCGGACGACGAGGGCCGGCCCCGGGCGCCGCCGCCGCCCCCUCCGCCGCCGCCGCCGCCGCCGCCCGAGGGCCCCGCCGACGGCCCGGGGCCCGUGCCAAACCCCGCCGCCGCCGCCGCCGCCGCCGCCGCGCCCGCGGCCGGGGAGGACGCCGCUACCUCAGCCGCCCCGCCGGCGGAGGGCCCCUGCCGGGCCCGGGACGGCGCCGACAGGAGUUCCGCUUUGCCAAGCACCAGCGCGCCGGCGGCCGCCCGCAGGGCCAGCUCGCUGCAGAGCCUCUUCGGCCUCCCGGAGGCGGCGGGCGCCAGGGACUCUCGAGACAACCCCUUGAGGAAGAAGAAGGCCGCGAACUUGAACAGCAUAAUCCACCGCCUGGAGAAGGCCGCCAGCCGGGAGGAGCCCAUCGAAUGGGAGUUCUGAGAGGGCGCUGCCCGCCCGUCCCGCCGAGCCGAGCCGAGCAGAGUCGGGCCGAGCCGAGCCGGGCCGAGCUGGGCCGGGCCGAGCUAAGCCGCGUCUGGCCGAACCGAGCCGGGCCGAGCCGAGCUGGGCCGAGCCGAGCCGAGCUGAGCUGGGCAGGGCUGGGCCGGGCAGAGGGGCGGGCGCCGACUCCGCGGCCUGGACCGUGUUGCGCACUUAACCGCCCUGCGGGCCACAGGGCAAAAUCGCCAUAGGCCAAG